AUGGCAAGAACCAAGCAGACGGCUCGUAAAUCCACCGGAGGCAAAGCCCCGAGGAAGCAACUCGCCACCAAAGCUGCCCGUAAGAGCGCUCCAGCCACCGGCGGCGUCAAGAAGCCUCACCGCUACAGGCCCGGCACCGUGGCUCUGCGAGAGAUCCGUCGCUACCAGAAGUCCACCGAGCUGCUGAUCCGCAAGCUGCCCUUCCAGCGUCUGGUGCGAGAGAUCGCUCAGGACUUCAAGACGGACCUGCGCUUCCAGAGCUCCGCCGUCAUGGCCCUGCAGGAGGCCAGCGAGGCUUAUCUGGUCGGUCUGUUCGAGGACACCAACCUGUGCGCCAUCCACGCCAAGAGAGUCACCAUCAUGCCCAAAGACAUCCAGCUGGCCCGCCGCAUCCGUGGAGAGCGCGCUUAAA